UACGGAAUCAUUCUCGUUUUCCUAUUUAUACGCCACAAACUCCUCGCCCACACGCCUUUCGUCACGCAUAUUCGCAUCGACAAGUAGCAGAGAUUCGAGAACGUUCGUGUGAACCACUUGUUAAUCGGUCAGGUGAAAUCAUGUAACCUCGUGAUAUGUUUGGCUAAUGGCUCUAAUCUAUGCUCCUUUUUUUCUUUCAGUAACUAGGCGAAUCUGUCGGAUAAUCGCCAGUUAACGAAAGAAAUCUAUAGGAUGCAAGUGAUCAGUCCUGAUCCAUCUGAUCAAGACAGAGAACCAUUCGUUGAGGUUGACCCGUCAGGAAGAUUCGGUCGGUACAGCGACCUGUUGGGUGCUGGUGCGGUAAAGAAGGUCUAUAGGGGUUUUGACCAAGCAGAAGGCCGAGACGUGGCUUGGAACCAAGUCAAGCUACGGAAUUUCAGUGGGGACCCGUCUGUCUUAAAGAGGCUGUUCUCAGAAAUAAAACUACUGAAGACGCUAAAGAACGAAAACCUCAUAGUUAUGUAUGGUUUCUGGAGGGAUACUGAACAUAACACCUUGAACUUUAUAACCGAAGAAUGCACAUCAGGAAAUCUGAGGGAUUACAGGAAGAAACAUAAGCGUGUAUCAACCAAAGCUUUAAAAAAGUGGUCGAAACAGAUUCUUAAAGGCUUGGAGUAUCUUCACACCCACGAGCCAUGUGUCAUUCAUCGAGAUCUCAAUUGUAGCAACAUCUUCAUAAAUGGAAAUAUCGGAAAGGUUAAGAUUGGCGACUUGGGCUUAGCGGCAGUUGUAGGAAAGAGCCAUGUGGCUCAUUCAUUGAUAGGAACACCAGAAUACAUGGCACCUGAGCUGUACGAGGAGGAUUACAACGAGUUAGUGGAUAUAUACUCGUUUGGAAUGUGCUUGCUAGAAAUGGCUACAAUGGAGAUACCGUACACUGAAUGUGAUUGUGUUGCUCAAAUAUACAAGAAGGUUACGGGUGGUGUGAUGCCGCAAGCCUUUGAUAAGGUAACAGAUACGGAAUUAAAAGCGUUUAUUGAGAGAUGUAUCGGUCAGAAACGAGCAAGGCCUUCUGCUUCUGAUCUUCUAAAGGAUCCCUUUCUUAUGGAGGUUGAUGAUGAAGAAACUGAAUGAGGUCCCGUAUGGAGGUUUUUUUUAUUAUAACGUUUUCUUUAUCCUAAGCGUAUAUAAUCUUUUCAUUUGUUCGUUAACUCGGGCUAUCAAACGAUUAGUGAUUUUUAGUGUUCUCUUGAACGCAAACGAUUAGUGAUUUUUAGUGUUCUCUUGAACGCAAACGAUUAGUGAUUUUUAGUGUUCUCUUGAACGCAAACGAUUAGUGAUUUUAGUGUUCUCUUGGACACAAUCGAUUAGUGGUUUUCAGUGUUCUCUUGAAUGCAAUCGAUUAGUGAUUUUUAGUGUUCUCAUGACCGGAGAAGGUUUAGUUAGUUAUCGUUUUGUUGACGUAGAAGUAGUUUUAAAUAAGAUUUUACGCCUAGUGUAAUGAACUGAAAGGCAGGGUAUGAAAUGACAUUUGGUCAAGUUGUUUUCAGA